AAGAGGCUCGCGGCGGCCGGAGUGGGGGCGCCUGCGUGGAGGGUUGUCCGGAUCCCAGCGGCAGAGGGCAGGAAGCAUGUUCCACGGAAUCCCCGCCAACCCAGGGAUGGGAGCCCCAGCAAAUAAGCCGGAACUGUAUGAGGAAGUGAAGCUAUACAAGAAUGCACGGGAACGAGAAAAGUACGACAACAUGGCCGAGCUGUUUGCGGUGGUGAAGACCAUGCAGGCUCUGGAGAAGGCCUACAUCAAGGACUGCGUCACCCCCAAUGAGUACACGGCUGCCUGCUCCCGCCUCUUGGUCCAGUACAAAGCCGCCUUCAAGCAGGUGCAGGGCCUGGAGAUAAACUCCAUCGACGACUUCUGCCGCAAGUUUCGGCUCGAUUGCCCGCUGGCCAUGGAGAGGAUCAAGGAAGACCGGCCCAUCACCAUCAAGGACGACAAGGGCAACCUGAACCGCUGCAUCGCGGACAUUGUCUCGCUCUUCAUCACAGUGAUGGACAAGCUGCGCCUGGAAAUCCGGGCCAUGGAUGAGAUCCAGCCCGACCUUCGGGAACUGAUGGAGACCAUGAACCGCAUGAGCCACCUGCCCCAGGACUUCGAGGGACGCCAGAAAGUGCAGCAGUGGCUGCAGACACUGAGCGGGAUGUCGGCCUCUGAUGAACUGGAUGAUUCCCAAGUCCGGCAGAUGCUCUUCGACCUGGAAUCUGCCUACAACGCCUUCAACCGCUUUCUGCAUUCCUGAUGAGGCUGGGC